AUGGCGGGCGGCGGCGCUGCGCCCCCGAGGCGGCCGCUGACCCUGGCCGAGGUGGAGCCGGGCAGCGAGAACGAGCGGCUGGGGGUGGCCCGGGACAGCAUGUUGCGCAAUCCGCUCAUCCUCAAGGCAGAACUGGGGAAGCCCCAGAGAAACUGCUACACCCUGCCGGGCUUUGAUUUUUCAUAUGGGCUGUACAUCCACAGGACAGAUGGAGGAGUCCCUGAAGCAAUAGGCCACUGGAACACAGUAAAGCCCAGGACUGCUUUAGUUCAGAAGAUGCCCCGAGACUUCAUUACCAUGAACCGUGGUGCUCUGAAGGCCGGUUAUACCACAGCCCAUGAAUUUAAUUUGUACUACAAGGCCAAGGACAUUCGGCGCAAAGAUGACGAAUGCAGUCGCUUCAAGAGAUGUCCUCCUAAAGUACCUGCAGACUUGACUUAUGGCAUCACAGCACGACCUUGCACUCCCAUUUUUGACCUCCUCCAACACAAAUACAAGGAGCUGUGGAUGGAGCAGCAGAGAGCACUGACAGCAGCCCAGAAAAUAGAAAAGAAAAAGUCACAGAAAGACAAAGUGUAUGAAACUCGCACCACACUUCUGCGAAAAUAUCCACUACCUGCAAAGGAGGAGUCCUUCUGGCAUAUGCCUCACUUGGAGAAGGUUGGGCCUCAUCUCAGUACUUUUCCAGACCGUGAGGCUCGUAAAAAGGCAUUCAGUGCCUCCCAUUGA